AUGCAAGAAAAAGCAACUUCAGCUCCCAAAGUUUUCUCUGUUUCAGUUGCAGGGGAAGAUGGAGCAGGCAAAACUAGUCUAAUAGGAAAAAUUCAAGGAAUAGAAGAAUACAAGAAAGGAAGAGGAAUGGAAUAUCUAUAUUUAAAUGUGCAUGAUGAAGAUAGAGAUGAUCAAACAAGAUGCAAUGUGUGGAUCUUGGAUGGUGACCUAUAUCAUAAAGGCCUCCUUAAAUUUGCAGUGGAGGCUAGCUCUCUAAAGGACACUCUGAUUAUGUUGGUGGUUGACAUGUCUAGGCCUUGGACUGCAUUGGAUUCUUUACAUAAAUGGGCGAGUGUUGUAAGAGAGCAUAUUGACAAAUUAAAAAUUCCUCCUGAAGAAAUUAAAGAAAUGGAACAAAAGUUGGUAAGAGACUUCCAGGAAUAUAUAGAACCAGGAGAGGACUUUCCAGCUUCUCCACAGAGAAGAAAUACUUCGUUACAGGAAGACAAAGAUGACAGCGUGAUUUUACCUCUGGGUGCAGAUACAUUAACAUGCAAUUUAGGCAUUCCAGUAGUAAUAGUUUGUACAAAGUGUGAUGCCAUUAGUGUCCUGGAAAAAGAACAUGAUUACAGAGAUGAGCACUUCGACUUCAUUCAGUCACAUAUUCGACGGUUUUGUUUACAGUAUGGGGCAGCACUCAUUUACACUUCAGUAAAGGAAAAUAAAAAUACUGAUUUAGUGUAUAAAUAUAUAGUUCAGAAAUUAUAUGGAUUUCCUUUUAAUGUACCAGCUGUUGUUGUGGAAAAAGAUGCAGUAUUUAUUCCUGCAGGGUGGGAUAAUGACAAGAAGAUAGGAAUAUUACAUGAGAACUUUCAGACACUAAAAGCAGAUGACAGUUUUGAAGAUAUAAUAACAAAGCCUCCUGUCAGAAAGUUUGUUCACGAGAAAGAAAUAGUAGCAGAAGAUGACCAAGUGUUUCUUAUGAAGCAACAGUCUCAACUAGCAAAACAACCACCGACUGCAGCUGGAAGGCCAGUGGAUGCCUCGCCAAGAGUUCCCGGAGGAUCUCCUAGGACCCCAAACAGAUCUGUAACAUCCAAUGUUGCCAGCGUUACACCUAUUCCUACUGGGUCAAAAAAAAUUGAUCCUAACAUGAAAGCUGGAGCCACAAGUGAAGGAGUCCUUGCAAACUUCUUCAACAGUUUAUUGAGUAAAAAAACUGGUUCUCCAGGAAGUCCAGGCGUUGGUGGUGGUAGCCCUGGAGGAGGAGGGGGUACUGGAGUUGCUGGCAGCAAUUUACCAGCCUCAGCAAAAAAAUCAGGCCAAAAGCCAGUCUUAACAGAUGUUCAGGCAGAAUUAGACAGAAUUUCACGAAAACCUGAACUGGUCUCUCCUACAACACCUACGUCCCCUACAGAAGGUGAAGCAUCUUGAAGACACCAAAUAAAGCCAUUUAUUCUGUUUCUUUUCUGGGAUAAUUCAAACUUGCCUCUGCCUCUUCCUUCAGUGACUGGAACUAAGGAGCUGAAAUUCCUUUUUUCAGAGAAGGACAAACAAUUAUCUUGAUCUUGUAUGUUGCCCAACUUCACAAAAGGGAGCUGUACAGAUGGGGAAAAAUACCACACCGUGUUGGACUACUGUUAACAGUGCAAUUUGACAAAGAAUUAGCUAAUUCCUGAAUUUUGUUGAAAAGUCUAUGUAAUUCUGUAAUAUUGCAAGUAUGUCCACUUAAUCAUAUACUGUUUAAAGGCUGUCUAGAGUUGGAAAAUGGAUAUGCAGCAUGGGCACUUAAUUUAUAUUGGUAUCCCAAACUAUUCUAGUUGAGUUUAAUGCAAUCUUAAACAGAUUUAACUUCUUAGGGGGAGAACUAGUUUUGCUGGAAAGGAAGAUAAUCAUUUGUUAUAAUUUUGCGCACCAGCAAUAAAUUAAGUAAAAAUUUUAAUACUUCAUUUGGAAUAUGGCUGCAAAUGUAUUUGAUCUCAUGUGAGAUUUAUGCAGCAUCCAAAAAUUUUGGCUAAACUUCCGUUCAAGAAUAAUUUUUUUAAGUAUUGGCCAGCUUAUGGGUUUGUUUAUUUUAUAAUUUCCGACACCGAAUAAAAGAUGUAUAAAGAGAAAAGCAGAGGUUAAAUGUACAGAUUAUCAGUAUCCUGAUUUUUGUCUAUAAUAUAUAUGGCUCAGCCUUAACAUCCCCCUUGUUUCCCACACAAGCUAUGGUUUUUAAAAUCAGUCAUCAAAACUGUAAUUGGUUAAUAAAGUAUUCUCUGCAUUCAAAUUUCAA